GAUCGUCACCGACUAUUGCCGUUACCGUUCCUUGAAUCCUUCAAAUCUCCAAAUCUAUGCGGGGGUCAGUAACGACUUUUUUUCCCCUCGAACGGGUCCUUGCAACUUCUUGGGUGUACCCCAGGCUUUUCCACAUUUCCCACCGUUCCCACCUCGCCUCGAGUCCCAAGAACCAAGGAUUGCCAAGGCAAGGGGGCCCUAUCUACCACAGUAAAGACCCCCGCUGUAACCCUGUAACCGCACACCGUGGUUUUACGUGGGGCUCCAGAGUGGAGGAUGAUAGAGUGGAUGAUAGAGUGGAUGAUAGAGUGGAUGAUAGAGUGGAUGAUUUAGUGGAGGUUUAUUUCCACUACACGCGCAAUAUCCAACAAUAUCCAACGAUAUCUAGCAAUCCUCUUCCUUCAGGGUCCACUAUCGCCAUCUAAUAGCCCUAUUACCCGGCCAGAGUUCGGUGAGAUAUUCCAAGGUCUUACCUCGUUGGAAAGAUGCAGCGCGGAUGGAUAUAGCCUGCAUGAAUUCUCAGAGAUUCUGGUUGGAAGAGAUUCGCAAUCAGAUACCUACCCUCCUUCCCCAAGCGCACCAACAAUCGCCUACUUAUACUCAAACAGGAAGAUGAUGUUCAAAAGCUGCUCAACUAGUAGAGACGCGGCG